AUGUUCUUCUAUGCAAGCCCACAAACGCGUCAAUUCAUCUCGAUCGCCUAUAUGGUGAUGGGUGGAUUGGACACGAUUCUCAUCUCACUCACAACUUUUGUCAUUCUACGAAAAUCGAGCCAAGAUAUGAGAAUUUAUAAAUACGUUCAAUUGAAUAUUAUGAUCACCACAAUUCCCGAGCUUUCAAUUCUUAAAGACGAGAAAAGUGUGCUGAUUUUCGAUUUAAACGAGAUCUGGUUUCGUUUUUAUUUACUUUGGGUGAGCGUGUCGAUGACGUUGAUCAUCGGAGCGAUGGCCACAAUGAAAUACACGAUUCUGAAAUGGUUGACACAUCAAAAGAAACACUUGAGUCCGGUGGCGCUCGCGUUUCACAAUCAAAUGAUCUUGACUCUGUUUUUGCAAGCUUUCAUCUCGUUCACUUGUAGUUGUUUGCCUUAUACAGCAGCUUUGUUGUCAGCAUUUGGUGUGACUGGGAUUCCGGAUAUUGUCACUUCACUCUGCUCUCUUUACGGAAGCUUUCACUCGGCACCAAGCUGUUUAUUGAUCUUGAUGACAACGACACCGUAUCGUCAAUAUGUUCUCAAUAUGUUUGAUUUUCGAUUGAAGCGAACCCAGCCCGUCUCUCCAAAUCAAACCACAAUCGUGUUCACCAGGUGGAAUAAUGGAAAAGGG